UUGCAUGCUAAUGUGGAUACAGUGUAUGAAAGUGAAAUUGAAAAGAGUAGAUCUGUUGUUAUCAUUGGUUUGUCGGAACUUAAUUCUUCUUCGGCGAUUGAGCGUGCAAACUAUGAUUUCCAGAAUGUCAAUUCUUCGUUGAACCAUUUAGAUGUCGAAUGUGUCCCUACUGCGGUUUACCGCAUGGGGAAGGUUAACAGUAGUAGUACUAGACCUCGUCUUAUCAAAAUUGUCUUUCCUGCGUCCCGUUAUCAAAAAAUGGCGGUUAGGCGGGCACCGAGGCUGCGCUCUUUCGAUCCAAAGGGCGUUUUCCUUCGCCCUUCUUUAUCUUUGGAAGAAAGGUUGCAGUAUCGUGAGGCACGCUUAGCCAAAAAAAGCUGCUUGUGA